UGCAGGGGGAGCAGAGCUGGGGGGGAGCCAGGAUUUUGCCCCCCAAUGGGUUUUUUAAGCAUGUUUUUUUGGCACCGGCAGUGCUGAUUUGCAAGCAGAGCUAAGGGGAUUUUGUAAACGGGGAUUUUCUACCAGCGAGCGAGGUCUUUUUCUUUUCUUUUCUACUGACCAGCGCUUUUUUAUAACCUAACCAACAAGUUGUCUCCUGAGGCCAAGAGCCGCUGCACCUCCCUGUCCCCCAGCCCUGCCAGGCCCAUGAUCUCAAUGCUGCCUUAAGGGUCCCUCUUGGACUGCUCCCUUCACACACACCCCAGACCACCUCCCAAGUGCUUCUCUGUCCUCCCUGUGCCAGCUCCCCACCCUGUGCCAUCUGGGACUCCUACACACCCCUUCCCCUGCCCACCCUGCCUACACCAUGUACCACAUGUUCACAGUGCUGCUGUGGACGGUGCUGGACGUUCUGAGCUCCUGGCCAGCACUGGCUGUGGUGCAGGCCCCCCGCCCCUCCAACCACAGCCGGAGCCUGCCCAGCCUGCUGGCCCACCUGCGGCGCCUGGUGGGGGCGAAUGGCACAGGUGUGGGGGCAGCAGGGUCGAGUGCAGGGGGCCGGACAGCUGAAACGUGCCAGGGCUACUAUGAUGUGAUGGGGCAGUAUGAUGCUGCUUUCAACUGCACCACGGGAGGCUUUCUGUACUGUUGUGGCACCUGCCACUAUCGCUUCUGCUGUGAGCACCGCACACAGCGCCUAGAGCAAGCCCAUUGCACCAACAUCGAAACACCCUUCUGGGCCCAUACCCAGGCCUCCACCACAGUCAGCCCUGGCUGGGGGGACCCUGGCAACUUGCGCCCCCACCGGUUCCCAGCCAACAGCACCGUCUAUGUCAUCUGUGGUGUCAUCAGCUUCACCCUGGCUGUGGGCGUGGGCAUCAAGGUGGCCUUCAGCAAAGCAUCCCGCAGGCCCCGUGGACGGGAGAUCAAUGUGCCCAGGGCGCUGGUGGACAUCCUCAGGCACCAGGCAGGGACCAGCUCACGGUCUGAGCGCAGCAACAGCACGACACUCAACACAGGGGUCCAGGACAAUGGCCCAGCCCGGCCCCCCAAGAACCUGUACAGCACGGUCAAGCCCUGCAAGAGCAACCACGAUAACCUGCACCACAACUACAUUCAUGUCAACAUGGGUAGCCCCAAGCAUCAUGCUGCCACCCUGGACUGGCGGGCAACUCCCACGCCAACGCCCUCCAUGAAGUACAGCUCACUCACCUGCUCACGUUCCUUCCACAAUCUCUCGCACCUGCCCCCAUCCUAUGAGACAGCAGUCAAGUCAGAGCUCAACCGCUACUCCUCGCUCAAGCGCCUGGCUGAGAAGGACAUGGACGACUUCUACUUGAAGCGGAGGCACCUAGCAGAACUGACCCGUGGGACCCUGCCGCUACAUGCCAUGAAGAUGAACUAUGCCCAAGAGGACUAUACAGAGAAGUGCCCCAACCCACGACGUGUCAUGUCACAAGAGCAUAUCCUGUCAGACAGCUACCGCCCUACACACUAUGACUACACCAUCCCCCGUGAGCGUGUCAUCUCCCACGAGCGCCUGCUCUCCCGUGAGGCCCUCCACUCCCAAGAACCCCUGCUUUCCCCUGAGCGUCUCCAUCAGCAGACCGGGCCCUUCCAGGAGCUGCGGUUGGGCCACCAAAAAGCCCUGUCCCAGACAAAUGUCUGUGCCAGCAGCACACCCAUGCUUGACCGGCACCAGAUGAUCAAAAUGAACUCCCAUCCAACCUCCAACAAUUCCCCCAAGACCACCUGGGAUGUAGGCAGCAACCACACAGCCAACCGGCGCCAGGGCUUUGGUGCCAAGCGCCAGAGCACCAUUGAGCAGCUCCAGUUCAUUCCUGGGCACCACCCAAGCCAGCACCUUCGCACUGGGAGCAAGAAUGAGGUCACUGUGUGAGGCAGAUUGCCACAACUCAGGUGGAUUCAACUUUCCAAGGCCAUAGUUCUCUUCCUUCUUUUCCUGCUCUGCCUCUUCCCCAUCCUUUCUAUGGCACCAGCCAUCUUCCUCUGUCUUGUUUUCUUUAACAAAGUGGCCUCCCUUCUGUAUGCUGGCCCAGCCGGAUGACACCAAGGCUUUCAUCAGCCUUUGAUAGCGUCCACUUUUGAUGAUGUCAGUGCUGUAGGCCUGUUGACAUUCAAGGAUGUCAGUGUUGUUUGGGGUGUAUACCUGUUUGAUAAUGGCAGCACCUUGGGCCCUGUUAAUUUUGAUGAUAUCAUGAUGGCAUCGGGCUUGUUUGUGCCAGAUGACAUCUGUGCCUUGGGCUUUGUCAACUUUUGGUGACAUCAAGAUCGAUUUGAGCACACCUAGGUCAUAAGCCCCAGUCAGUUUUUCAUGGUGUCAUGAUUAUUUUGGGUCUGUCCAUGUUUGAGGAUGUUAGCAGUGAGGACUCUUUCGACUUCUGAUGACGUAGUUCUGUUGAUAUUUGAUGAUAUAGGCACUGUGAGAUUCAUGGAUAUUUGAUGAUGUCAAGGCAGUCAGGCCUGUCCACAUCUGAUGACUCCAGUGCUGUGGCUUUUGUCAACAUUUAAUGAUAUUAGGACCAUCUGGCUUGUUGACUUUUGAUAUCAGUACUGUCCACCUGUUAUGAUGUAAGCACUGUGGGUCUUGUCUAUAUUUGAUGAUGUCAAGAGCACCAGGCCUGUUAAUCUUCAAUGAAGUAAGUACUGUGGACCAACAUUUGAAGUUGCCAGGAGGGCUCUCAAUCUUGGUUGAUGGUACCGAUGAGAUUUGAUGAUGUCAGUGCUAUGGACUGUGUCAAAGACUGAUGACAAAAGUACUGUGGGCCUUGUUGACAACUGAUGAUGUAAUCGCCAUCAACAUCUGAUGGUGUCAGCACUGUGGACUGUAUUGACCUAGCAUGACGUGUGUGAUGAUUAGACGUGAUGUCAAGUGUGUCCACUGUCAGUUCUGACAUCAACCCUGUGGCUUUUUCAUGAACUGAGGAUGUUUGUACUGUGGGCAUUGUUGACACUGGAAUGAUGUCACAGCAGUCACCCUGGUCAAUAGUUGAUGAAGUCAAGCACUGCCAGACCUUGUCAACAUCAGAUGAUGUCAGUGCUGGCAGCCAUGUCAAUGUACAAUGAUGUCAAGACUCUCACUCCUGUUGACUUCUGAAGAUGCCAGCACUGUGGACCUUGUCAACAAUCGAUGAUGUCAACAUUGUGGGGCCUGCUGACCUUUUAACGUUAGCACUAUCGAUAUUUGAUGUCACUGCUGUGGGCCUCAUCUGCUUCCUGAUGAUGUCACCUCUGUGGACCAUGUCCAUUCUUUGAUGACAUCAUCACCUUGGGCCUCUUCUGCUCUUUUGAUGAUGUCAGCACUGUGGACCUUUUCCAUUUUUUAACGAUGUCACUACCAUGGACCUUGUUCACUUUGUGAUAUCAUCAGCACCUGAGACUGAGUGCUGUUCAGUGAUGUCCUACCCAGCACCCCCUGGCCAUCUGGUGUGUCACCGACACCUCUAUCAACAUGGAUGGCACCGCCACUCCUCUCCAUCAGGUCGGAUGGCCCCUCCCACCAGGGUGGGAGGAAGCAGGUGCCCCAAUGUGGGGAGCAGAAUUACACCAUCCCCUCCAACUCCUCCUGCAUCCCAAAUCAGACUGCAGGGGUGGGCAGGUGGGGGGACUGGGAUGGAGCAGAAUGGAGGGGAGUUUUCUGUCCUCUAUGUUGAGUUUGGCCAACAUGUGGGCUGCAGAAAUGAGAAUGUGGCCACCUUGCCAUGACCCUCUUCUGACAGCACCCAUCCCUCUGCUAGUUUUUAAUCUUCAUCCUCCUUCCCAUCCCUCCAGGAUCUCCCUCUUUGCCCUCACAUUGGUGAGGGGGGAGGGGGAGUGGGAAGGGGCAAUGCCAGCCCCAUCCUGCUGUACAUAUCUUUAUAUAUUGGUAUCUAGUUUAACUUUUUUCUAGUGCUUUGGAUCUUUUUCUUUCUGUCCCACUCCACUGCCACUUCAGGGCACAGGGGAGCUACCAGCCUCCCCUCCUCCCUUGGUACAUGUGAAUGUAGUUUGAACAGGUCUCAGCUCCUUCCAACCUCUGCCCCUGCCAGUGGGCACUCCACUGCAGGGGCAUGUUCUUCCCAUGCUUUUUCCCUUCUCCCAUUCUGUUUCCUUGUGGGCCGGUGGCCAGGCCCCUUGGAACACAGGCUUGUAAAUCUCAUUAUUGAGUAGAGUUUUGGUGGGUCUCAGCCUAGAUUUCAUCUCCUCCUCCCUUAUUUGCUCCACAUCUGUUCACUGUUAAAAUGGACCCCCUGUUCCUGCUCAGUCUCUCAGGGACAUGGUUUGCACAGUGAUAGUGCCUAGGGGUCAGGGCUCCAUCAUGCUGGGCACUAUCUAAGCCUAGAGUCAAAAGGAAGGGGGCCCUGUCACACUGGGUGCUUCCCAGGACCAAAGUGUGAAAUGCUCCCUGAUCACAAUCAUCUAAGUCAGAAUACUAAAUCCGCUGACACUCAGGCUAACUCACGGGAGCUGUCUGUCCCCCAGGUGUGGCAUGAUGCAGGGAGAUAUGUGGAUUUCCUACUACACUUGAUGUUCUCCUCCAUCCCCAACUCAUACAGUUCAUAUCUACAAAGCCUUUCCCGUAAGGCCCUGAGGUAGGGGCUCUAUGCCUCAGGUUACCUGCUUAUUAUUGUACGGGGCCUUGCUCUUCAUAAGAGGGGGCAGUUUCUAUUCCCCCCCUCAGGGAGACUCCUGUUCCCUAUCAGUCCAUGGGACUCCCCUAACGCAGGCAUGACUUUUAGCCUAUGCUGGAGACCUCCCAGGCCUGGGGGCAACAGUCAGCUUGGGGCUGUGAGAACAAAGGUUCUCCAGCCCCAAGUCAAGCCCAUGUGGUUUCAUGUUUGCCCUCUCAGGGCAGGGGAGGGAGCCUUGAACCACUCCGUGGGAUGAGUGCAUAGCACUCCUUGUUGGAGACAGGAUGCUGGACUAGAUGGGCCUGUCAGCCCCAUCCAGGAAGUGCUGGUGCUCUUGAGAUUUGGGGGAAGUGGUUGGAGGGGGCUUGAGGAGCUAGCUAAGCAGUGAAGGUGUUUUGCUGUGACUUACAGGGGUGAAUGCGGGCUCUGCUCCACAACUACCCCUGAGGGUAGGGGAGGGGGCAAGGCAAAAGCAGCUGGGCAUGAUAUGAGCCCCAUCAUUCCCUGGGGUACAGGAACUGACCUAUCACAUUGAGGCUUGGAGGGUCCUUUGACCUCAGUUUGAAAGUCACAAGAGCAGGGAAAAUUGCCUGGAGCCCCUCUUGUGCAGAUCAAGGGGCAGGAUGCCCCACCAUGGUGGAGGAGAACUCUCACUGUCCUCUCCCCCCACCCCACUUGUCUUAGACUCUCCAUAUCAGGGCUUCACUCAUGUCCUGCAGCACAAAGGCCCAUUCUCCUGCCUUAGGCACUGACAGUGCAUGGUUGUUGCCCACCCCCAGCAAAUGUCCGCCAACCAACCCUACCCCUCACCUGCUUGGGCUAAGGUCUUACAAGAUUGAGAGGCCUGAUCCCUGUUCACUCUGUCUCCAGGCCCAGGCACCAGCAUCCUCCUUUAGGCCUUGCCCUCAACCUGCCCUCUCCCUAACCCUUGGGGUGAAGGUGAGCUUCCCCUGAACCGGCUCAAGGUACCCCCAGUGGGGCAGCCUAUCCUUAGCCCAUGACUGCUAGGGACAGCCCCAGAUCCUCCAUUUCAACUGUCUGGGCUCCAGGCUCCACCAUUCAGUCCCUUCAUUUGCCAGCAUCAGGUCUUUGUCCAUAUCAAGGACAUAGGGAUGUGGCAGCUCCUCCCAAAUCCCUGUCAGCCCCACAGGCUGACUCCCUCCCUCAUCCUCCUUCCUUCUUCCCUUCCUCAGGAGAAAGUAGCAGCUGCAUCCCAGGGACUGGCCAUCCCUGUCCAGACAAAGUCAGACCCAGCCUGUGCCAUUCAACCAAACCCACAAACCAAUACCUCUCUCCCCCCUUCCUACUCUGGGUCUUCCCUCUGUGGUCCUAAGCAGUCUUGGAUCUCUGCUCCAGGGCAUAGCUUAGCUGCAUCAGCUGCUGGCCUGGCCUCAGUGACUGUGAGGGGCUGCUGCCCAGUAUUAUUCAAUUCAUAUGCCUCAUCUGCCCCCCACCAUGGGCCAUGGAGUGGGGAAUGGGGGCAGAGAAUGGCCCCAAUACAGGACCCCCACCUGCCUCUUAUGCCAGGAGCUGAGGACAGUGCCCUGUGUAAUGACUGGGGGGGACCUCAAGAGGAGCUGUAUCCUGUUGGAGCAGCAACGGGGGUCUGAGCACAAGCCUGAAGCAGGCCAUGGGGCCUAUACCUUGGGAAUCUCUGCCCUGCAGCUCCUUCCUGAUGAGACACGUAAGCCAUUCCCCCUGACCCUCCCUGCUCAUAAAUAGAUGUCUUCUGUGAUGCACCCCAAAAUGAAUAGGGUGCCCCUUUCUCCAGGAUCAGGGAGUCAUGGCUUGGCACCUCCACCCCUGUGCCAUGCCUUUGUUUGGGGGUCAAGAGUGGGGACUCCAGUGAGCCAUCGCAAGAUGUAGGAGGCCCCUGCUCCUUCCUCCUCCCCUCCCCCCCACUGAGAUACCCCAACACACUCAUCCCCUACCUCGUCUUGCAGAACUCGAAUCAAGGGCUAAUAUCACCCUUCCCUCCCUACCCCUACCUGUUCAGGAACACACCCAGGUGUCUUUUUGCCGUGAUGUGGGGUUGGGGGUGGGAUAAGGGGGUUGUGUAGGGUUUUUUUUCUAGCUGUUGUAUCUAAGCAUCUCAAUGCAAAACAUUCCCCAGGUGGGAGUAGGAAGCCGGGGGGGGGGGGG